CAGUGGGAGAGCGUAAGGUCAUUGACCUCACCGGAGUUUUACCGCGGUUCAGGCUCCUAAUGACACAUGCAAAUGGACAAGCUGAAAGCUUACGAGCAGCCUGCAUCCUUUCUCUCGCUGUUUUCUAUAUUGCUACUGUUGAGAUAUUUUGUGAUCCCGAUAUGUUUUUUUCUGUUGUUGUUUUUAGACUUUGCUGCAAUAUGUCAUCCGGUGAUGAUGAAAGGAAUGCGAUGAUAAUAACAUUGUUCAACAAAGGCUUAAAACAAAGGGAAAUCAGCUGUGUACUCAAUUCAUAUGGGCAUAAAAUAAGUGAGAGGCAUCUGAGACGAGUUUUAAAACUUCUAGGGUUGAAGCGAAGAUGCCCCCAACGACCUUUUACUGAAAUCCACAAAGCAGUGGAGAGUGAGAUGAAACAGUGGUCUCCUGAACAAGGAAUCAGGGCAAUGGUAAAGCGGGUAAGGGAUGUCAGAGGAGAGCGGCCUUGUUACAGAGACGAUGUUGCUAAUAUAAUGAGGGAUAUGGAUGCAAGUGGUCUUCAGAGGAGAUCUCCUGGAAAGAAGAAAAUUCCCCGUCGGAAUUACAUCAGCUGUGGUCCAAAUGACACCUGGCACAUUGAUGGCAAUGAUAAACUGAAGUUCUUUGGAAUGUGGAUACAUUUGGGGAUUGAUGGGUAGGUCUGAAUAUGGCAUUCGCUACUUAAUUUAUUAUAUUCAGUGAUAGUAAAAAGUUGCUUCAAGAUAAGGAU